AUGGCGACCAAUUUGUUGACCGUUGAACAAGUUCUAAAAGAGAAGAAGACCCAUGACCUCGAUUCCGUCAAGGAACUUAAUCUUAGCCACAGAGCUCUCACCGACGUUUCUUGUUUGAGCAAAUUCAGAAACUUGGAGAAGCUUGAUCUUCGUUUCAACAAUCUCACUGAUCUUCAGGGACUGAGUUCUUGUGUGAAUUUGAAAUGGCUAUCAGUUGUGGAAAAUAAAUUGCAGAGCUUGAAUGGUAUUCAAGGACUAACUAAGCUUACAGUGCUAAAUGCUGGAAAGAAUAAGCUCAAAUCCAUGAAUGAGAUCUCUUCUCUUGUCAAUUUGCGUGCGUUGAUUCUGAAUGACAAUGAAAUCUCCUCCAUAUGCAAGCUAGAUCUACUGAAAGACUUGAACAGUCUCGUUCUUUCUAGGAACCCGAUCAGUGAAAUCGGUGACUCGCUUUCCAAGUUGAAAAACCUCUCUAAAAUUUCUUUGUCUGACUGCAGAAUAAAAGUUAUUGGCUCUUCUCUCAAGUCAUGCUCUGAUUUGAAAGAGCUACGACUCGCCAACAAUGAAAUUAAGACUCUCCCUGCAGAACUUGCUCUCAACAAGAGACUACUGAAUUUGGAUGUGGGAAACAAUAUGAUCACGAGUCUCUCUGGUUUAGAGGUUUUGGGUACACUAUCUUGCUUAAGAAACCUGAAUAUUCGAGGAAACCCGAUCUCUGAUAAUGAGAAGUCAGCUAAGAAGUGUAACUGUGUGGGGGUAAUCAAACAAGAAUGA